AUGCCGCUUGUAACUCGUAAGGGAGUGUACCCGUACGAGUACAUGAUAGAACUUGAACUUGUAUACCGAUACAGGUAAAUUAUUAUUAUUAUUUUUUUGUCUUUUACAUAUUAUAUAUUCUUUUUAUUAUUAUUUUUCAGAUUCGUUGGUCUAUUAUAUUAAGACGAAAGAUUUUUACGCGGACCUGUUGAAAAUUCCCGGGCUGUUGGAGUGUACGGACAUGGUUAAUUUACCGAGAGACCUCCCGUGCAAUGUAGCAGAAAGUAAGAAAAUACCAGGUCUUUUUCCAAUGAAUCGGAUGGAAAAACGAUCACAGAGUUUUGUGCAUUAUGUGCCAAAUCUUAUGCUUAUAAGACUGAUGGUGAAGAAAAGAUCAAAGCGAAAGGCAUCCGGGGUCAUGUGGUCAAAAACCACAUGGCGUUUAACGAUCACAAGAAGUGCUUGUUUGGGGAAAACGACUUGGAUGUGCAUAGAGAGAAUGUUUCCAUUCGCUCGUUCCACCAUCAAUUAA